UUGAGUCACGAACAGGACUUUGCCUCAUUUUAUUUUUCGUUCCAACAUCCACACACGAACACCAACCAUUCCAUCAUCACGCAUCACAGCCCAAACUCGUUAUUUUAGAGACCCCAACACAGAAAACACACAAGACACCAAGAAAGCAAAGAUAACACAAGACAAGAUGGGCAAGAAGAGCAAGAACCCCCAAAAGAACAAAGCUUCUACCCCACAAGAGCCAUCCGCUCCCACACAACCACCAAAUAAUAAUAAUCCACAACAACCAGUAUCCUACCCACCGUCCGACGGACCCUCCAACGAAGAACUGGAAUGUCUCCAAACAUCGUCCGAAUCGCUCCAAGCCAAAUUGGAUCAACUCACCACGUUGGCAUUGGCCAAUGAUCGGGCCGGAUUUGUGGCGCAAUUUGUCCCACUCGAUUUGUCACCGUCCGAUAGUGCGGCCUAUUUGCAGGACUUGACCACGGCACCCGAAGCGGCGGGCCAAUGGACCAAUCUCGCUUCGGAAAUUGCUGCCAUUGCCGCCGGAAAGGGCGUGACCAAUAUUGAAGGCGACCAAACAAGACGGGCCGUGUUUUAUUUUGAACAUCCGCUGCUGCCCGGAUGCGAUCGAGAAGUCACAUUUGUCUGUGCCCCGGGGAGUACCGAAUGGAGGGCGGAGGGGUAGUAUUUAGUGUAAAUAGAAGGAUGGAAAUGAAGGGCUAUUGUAUGCCGAUACAGCCAAAAAGAGUGUAGGUAUGAUAUCUGACGAGCAGCUAGCUAGCUCGCAGUUUGCCGAAGAAGGAUCUAAUAUUCAUUAUUUCCCAAGAAGACAUACAGUAGAAAAGUUGGGAAUGCAACUAUAACAACUCUUCACUCUCUCCAGGAACCGUUUCGUUUGACUAUUACUUAUUAUAUUUGGGAAACGAAGAAACGGGCGUAAACUAUAUUUAUUUGCUUCUGUGGCACCACAGCUCUUUGGUGGCUCAGGCGAUUGGAUGCCGUCGCGAUCCAAGGAUAUCUACCGUAAAUGCAGCUUACGAAUCGCCAGCAGCCAAUGCAACGACGAGUUUCUUUUCUUUUGCUUUAGUAGAUUUAGAUGAUCCGUAGUAGGUUGCUUGCUAUAAUAAUGAUGAUGAUACGUGGCUAGUAGGGUAAAUUCCAGAUACCCUUCACCGCCAUGAUGAUUUUUGUGCUGUGUGUGUGCGUGUGUGUGUGUUUCGUGUCGUGUGGUUUCGUUUCCCCCUCCAACCAACAAAAAUGCGUUGCUUUUUUUUUGAGCUCUCUCAAGUAUUAAUGAGCGGAACCGCCCAUCUUACCAGCAUCGUCCGGUUCUGAGACAUCGGAUUGACUGCGUUUGACGGUGGAAUAUCGUUUGGACCGUCGUUGAUUCUUGGGAAAGACGCGUGCUCCCGUAGGUACAGCGGCGGCACUGGCACGUGCUUUGGGCUUGGCGUCUUCGGCGGAAUCCUCGUCCGUCUCGUCUUGGGGUGACGAGGAGUCACAGUGCUGUUCUGCUUCCAUCAUUUCUUCCAUGACGGUAUCUUCUUCUUCGUCGUCGUGCUGUUGCUCCAGCGGUGGUAACUCGUCUUCUUCUGCUGCCUUUUUCGUCCUGUCUUCCAGUGCCAUGUCACUCAACGGCAGUGCUUCUGGUAACUGAUCCACUACUACUGUACUGCCGUUACUCUUGGGGGAUGCCGGACGAUGCGUAGGUGCCACAACGAGCACUCCUUCUUUGCCUUCGACGGGUCGUGGCGAUUCCGGUGCCGUGGGUGGAAAGGGGACGGCCGGGAAACUCUUGGCGCGGGAAUUGGGCAAGAUGCGGGCAUUGUCGUUAAAGACGCAAAUAUCGUCCGUCGAGAGUUCGUCGGGUUCCAUCAUGGGGCCCAACAAAUUGCCGUGGUCUUCGGCUUGCUGCGCUUGCGCUGGUUGGUUAUCGAGGCGCGUGCUAUUGGUGUUGAAACUCCCACUCAUAUUCAUAUUGCCACUCCCGUUCAUACUAUUGUUCAUGCGACGUUCGCGACGAGCGCCCAAGGAAUCGGCCUUUUCUUCUUGCAUAAAUAGCAAGCGUGUCAUGAAGAAAUUCAAUUGCGUCUUCAUCACUGUCAAGUACGGAGCGUUGGCGGCGAAUGGCGGCGCGCCUUGGCCCAGAUUGGAAAAGGAACUUCGAGAUGACGCGCAGCUUGAGGACGACGAUUGACGGACCAUGGCGGUGCCGCCGCCGGUAUCUUCUGCUCGUGAUGCCAUUGUUUGUUUGUUGUUGUAGCUAGCUAUUUGGUUGUUGAUAAGGUUGUGGGGGUAGGUGAGAAGUUGUUUGUUCUCCUUCUUGCUGCUAUACGGUAAUGCGACAGGACUCGAUGAUCUAAGAUUCGAUUCUGCUGGAAGCGACGACGUUGGUCUUGCGUAACGGAAAAGUAAGCGUGGUUGGCUACAGUCCCUUCUAACUAUGGGUAUCUUCUUCUCUGAAACUGUUGCGCGCACCUCUGGGAUUGCAGAUAAUGAGCACUAUCUAGCUAGCUAGAUUGAUGGAGGAUGACAAGUGUAAGAGGCAACACUACGAGGGUCGUGGAUACCUGGUGUGGUUGCUUUGCUGCUAUCGUUGUUGUUGUGGAGUUGGUUGUUGCUGUGGUUCAGUCGAGGCAAGACCGUUUGGCUGCGGCCCUCUCACAACAAAAAAGAAGAGUGAGAAGCCCAAGAAACGGCAACUUGGCAUGGUUGUAAGAUGGGACUGUGCAAUGCCAGCAGAGACCAGAGACAUAGAGAAGGGAAUGUCCAAGAGUCAUCGAGAACAUCACCUGUGCUAUUUAACACCGUUCCCGCAGUUAAUCAAAGAGAUAACGAUCUAGUCGUUGAUAGAUGCCUUUUCAAUGUCGCGGAAGCUUAACUUUUGAGCCCCUACGAUUGAACAGUGAUCUGCGAAUACCACAGCAGGAUCCAAUCUUUGAGGAACCCGCUUGGAUGAGUCAAACCUUCUCUGCUGUCCUGGCUCAGAGAGAGGGCGACCAUGGUCCUUGCUUUCUUGCUUUGGUAAAGUACUAGUACUUUCUACCUGUGCCUUUUGUGUUGAUGGAGGGAGGAGCAGUCAAUGAUGGAGGACCUUGUGGCCAGGUCCAUCCCAAUGGAGUUCCUGCUGUGCUGGCUGCAAAACAAAAACACAUGCAUUCUGUUCUCGAUGGAGUACCAAUUUCGGCCCCGCUAGCUAGAGUGCGGGCCGCGCUAUGAGCUCCAAACCUACAGAAGUUCAAUCUUCGACCACGGUGCCUGCCUUUUGCACCACCGUAUUCAGCCAACCCCCAAAGUUACGGCAUGUUCCUGGAGCUGGGGAUACUACUAAUGGGGAUCGUACUACUAAUGCUGUUGUCGGGGAUACUACAGGACGCUUCCACAGCACACUUCGUCCUGCACUGGUUCUCCAAAACACUCCUCCAAAGAUAAGAUACGUUCUUGGGUAGCUUUGGCUGUGUCUUUGGGGCAUUGUCUACCGGUAUGCAAUUAUUUGACAGCACCUGGCAGAUCCAUGGCCCAGAUGACUUUGUCUAGUUUUGGUUAGUUCGGUUGUUUUAUUCGAUUUGAUUGAUCAUUCUGUUCUGAUUCGACUGAGUCACUCGUGACCCAGAUUGAGAAUUUGCCUUGCUGGUUUCGAAUGAGGUUUGCUUUCUUUGGUUCGU